AAUCGUUAUCCGCCGUAACCACCACUGAUCUCAAUCCUUGUUCAUUCGCCAUCCACGUGUCCUCCGAAACUUCCAUUCCUCGCAGAUAGCCCCAUCUCCCUAUUUCAUUCUCAAAUAUCCAUAUUCAUCAAUCCAUAUCCAUUUUUCUCAUUUCAAACUAAGAAUCAUGGAUCACAGUGAGGAAGCUCAUCGCACUGAUCUCAUGACCAUUACCCGGUUUGUAUUGAACGAGCAAUCCAAGCACCCUGAGUCUCGCGGUGAUUUCUCCAUCUUGCUCAGUCACAUUGUUCUUGGUUGCAAAUUUGUUUGCUCUGCUGUUAGCAAGGCUGGUCUUGCUAAGCUUAUUGGACUUGCUGGAGAGACAAAUGUUCAGGGUGAAGAGCAAAAGAAACUGGAUGUCCUUUCCAAUGAGGUCUUUAUCAAGGCUUUAGUAAGCAGUGGGAGAACAAGCAUCUUGGUGUCUGAAGAAGAUGAGGAGGCAACAUUUGUGGAGGCUUCUAAGCGUGGAAAGUACUGUGUUGUUUUUGACCCACUGGAUGGUUCCUCUAACAUUGAUUGUGGGGUUUCCAUUGGCACUAUUUUUGGGAUUUAUAUGGUGAAAGACCAGGAACCAACCAUUGGAGAUGUGUUGCAACCUGGGAAGAACAUGUUGGCAGCUGGUUAUUGUAUGUAUGGAAGCUCAUGCACGCUUGUGAUAAGUACAGGAAGUGGUGUUAAUGGUUUCACCCUUGAUCCUUCCCUUGGAGAGUUCAUCCUAACUCACCCAGACAUCAAGAUCCCAAAGAAAGGCAAGAUCUAUUCAGUGAAUGAAGGAAAUGCUAAAAACUGGGAUGGUCCUACUGCCAAGUAUGUGGAGAAAUGCAAGUAUCCAACAGAUGGUUCAUCACCAAAGUCGCUAAGAUAUAUUGGAAGCAUGGUUGCUGAUGUUCACCGCACAUUGCUUUAUGGAGGUGUCUUUCUGUACCCGGCUGAUAAAAAGAGUCCAAAUGGGAAACUUCGUGUACUCUAUGAAGUCUUCCCCAUGUCAUUCUUGCUUGAACAGGCAGGAGGACAAUCUAUCACCGGCAAGCAACGGGCACUUGAUUUAGUUCCAACGAAAUUGCACGAGCGAUCCCCUAUAUUCCUUGGUAGCUAUGAUGAUGUGGAAGAAAUCAAAGCUCUCUAUGCUGCAGAGGAAGAAAAGAAAUGAACCUGAAUAGCAUUCUGUCUUUCGCAACAUGUUGGGCUAAGAAAUGGUUUUCAGUUGGGAAUUUAAAGAACCAUGGUUCUAGUAAAAGUAAUAAGCUAUUAGCUUCUACUAAAACUAUGGUUUUGAUAAAGGUAUGCGGUGCAAAUCUAUACAUACUGUUGUUGUUAAUGUUCCUGCCACAUUUGUAUAAUUUCUGGGGCCAAAACAUACUUCAGAUUCCGUUAAUAUGAUGCUGGCAGCAAGGUUAUUGAUUUA